UUCGUUGACACGUCAUUAUUGAAAAAGAAGUCAGUCUAGCUAGUGUGUUGAUUAACUGUUAAAAUGUUAAUUAAAAUAGUUGCUAUUAUUGUAAUUAUUAGUUGUGCGAAGGCGGAAGAGAGCAAUGCGUUCUUGGAAUCAAUCUUGAAUGUGGACUCCAAGAAAGAAGCUGUACCAGAUAUUUUGAAUGAAGUGGAUAGCGGCGAUAUUGCUUCUGGAAAUAACGUAUCCCCAAUCGUCGAUGAAACGUUGAUACAGGGGAUAAAGAAGGCAAGCGAGGCCUUCAUGAAUAUUGUAAAUGAAGCCGAUAAGAAAUGGCGUGACUGGGUUAAACAUUACAAUUGCACCACGUCCUCCGGAAAUUUAGUCGGGUGUGUGACUAGUGUGAAAGCUCUUAAAAGCCUGUGUUCGUGGAAAGAGAAGACCAGUCAAGUGGAAAUCCCUACGGAGCCGCCAUCUGACGUCGACAAUGAAUUCAGUAAUGGCAAAUGGUCACAGAAAAUUACAAGUGAUUUGGAAAAAUGGUUUGCCGACUUGAAAAACUUGGUCUCCAAAGCUAAAGAAAUUAUUAACAACAAAAAAAUUGGAAUAGAGAAUCAAACAGACAUAGACAGUUUAUUCACUUACUAAAAGUAGGUACUUACCUACGUAACGAAGCUACUGAACGUACUAACGUUUAUGUCAUUCGAUUUUAUUAUAAUAUCCUGAAAAGCGUUUGCCUAUCCUAGAUUUUUUACCUACUUAGGUACUAACACUAUAUUAUUAUUAUCAUAAAAUAUGUGCAUUUUUAAUAAAAAUAAA